UUAGAGUUUCUUAUUCUAACUCAAAAGAAGAACAUUAGAUUAUCAGAGAGAGAAAGAACAACCCUACAAUUUAUACAUCUCCGUGAAUUCAAAACAAAACCAAAACCAAACAUCAUCAAAUCGGUAGAUGGACAUGGAGUCGAAGAAACCAUAUCUGAUGGUUACUAUAAUACAAGUCAUAUAUACAAUCAUGUUCUUGAUCUCCAAAGCCGUCUUCAACGGUGGAAUGAACACUUUCGUCUUUGUUUUCUAUCGUCAAGCUUUCGCUACCAUCUUCUUGGCUCCUCUGGCUUUCUUCUUUGAGCGGAAAAGUGCUCCACCUCUUUCAUUUGUGACCUUCAUCAAGAUCUUCAUGCUCUCUUUAUUUGGUGUGACAUUGAGCUUGGACUUAAACGGUAUCGCAUUAUCAUACACGUCGGCAACUUUAGCCGCCGCCACAACAGCUUCCCUUCCGGCCAUCACAUUCUUCUUGGCUCUUUUAUUUGGAAUGGAGAGGCUUAAGGUUAAGAGCAUACAAGGAACAGCAAAGCUUGUGGGGAUUACUGUGUGCAUGGGAGGGGUAAUUAUCUUAGCUAUUUACAAAGGUCCAUUACUGAAAUUACCUUUAUGCCCUCAUUUUUACCACGGCCAAGAACAUCCUCACCGGAAUAAUCCCGGCCACGUCUCCGGCGGUUCCACCUCGUGGCUCAAAGGAUGUGUCCUCAUGAUAACCUCCAACAUUCUAUGGGGUCUCUGGCUCGUUUUACAGGGUCGUGUGUUGAAGGUUUAUCCUUCGAAGCUAUAUUUCACAACUCUUCAUUGUCUAUUGAGUUCCAUUCAAUCAUUCGUCAUCGCGAUUGCUUUAGAGAGAGAUAUUUCAGCAUGGAAGCUUGGUUGGAACCUAAGACUCGUUGCAGUCAUUUACUGCGUAAAUAAUUAGCUCUAAUCCAUUUCAUAAUAUUAUUUCCAUAUAUAAUAUAAAUAAUCUCAUAUUAAUAGUAGAAACGUGACAUAUAUAUGCAGGGAUUCAUUGUAACAGGCGUAGCAUAUUAUUUGCAAUCAUGGGUUAUAGAAAAGAGAGGACCUGUCUUCUUAUCAAUGUUUACUCCUUUGUCUCUCCUCUUCACUCUCCUCUCUUCAGCGAUUCUCUUGUGCGAGAUCAUCAGUCUUGGAAGUAUUGUAGGUGGAUUAUUAUUGAUCAUAGGACUUUACUGUGUGCUGUGGGGGAAAAGCAGAGAGGAGAAAAACAGUGGUGAUGAUAAGAUUGAUUUACAGAAGGAAAACGAUGUCGUGUGCAAUGAAGUGAAGGUUGUCAUUAGUUGAAUAAUGUGUUAUUUUUUUGUCUUAUAUAUGUGCUAAAAUUUAGGCUUUAUAUAAGUUAUGUGACUAAUCAUUCACAUCUAGUAGAGUCUAGAAUAUAGUUGUGCUUUAUGUAUUAAGAAAUUUUUGCUUUAACUUUUUCUCACAUCAGUUUUAACUAACUUUUAGUUAACGACAACUUAUCAUUAUGUAGUCUAUAUACUUUGACUAAGGGUGGUUUUUAAAUUAACUUUUUAUAGAUUAUGUUUGAAGCAAG